AUGAAUGUGCUAUUCUGGAAUAUAAGAGGCAUGAAGAAGGCUAUUGCACAAUUAGCCUUGAGUAACAUUCUGAAGGAGAAGUCCCCUGAAAUAAUCUGCAUUGCAGAACCUAUGGUUGAUGUCACUGCCUUCCCUAAGCUUUUCUUUAAUAGGCUGGGAUUUGAUAUCGACUUUAUCCAUAAUAACAGAUCAGACAAAGUUCCAAACCUGUGGCUGAUGUGGAAAAGAAAUAUUAGAAGACCGGACAUUGUGUCUGCGACCGACCAACAUAUUACCAUCUCUCUAGAAUGGCACAAAAAAAUUAUUAGAGUCUCUGUCGUCCAUGCGAACUGCUUUCGAGCGAGAAGAAGAGAUCUUUGGGCAUCCUUGGCUGCCUCUGCGCCUGCUCAGACAACGCCUUGGCUUGUAGUUGGUGAUUUCAACGCCAUCUUGGCUUCAACUGAAAAGAGAGGUCCUGGAGCCUUUAAUUUGGGGGCUGCAGCUGAGUUUGGUACUAUGGUGGACUCUUGCGAUCUCAUGGCCCUUCCUUCUCAGGGAAGCAGGUUCACUUGGACCAAUAAUAGGAGGAGAGGGAACGUGCUGGCCAGACUGGAUAGAAGCUUUUGCAAUAACGCCUGGGUUGAAUUUUUUCAUGAGGGAGUUCAGCAGGUUCUCCAGAAAAUUGGCUCAGAUCAUGCUCCAAUCUUUAUUUCUUCAGUUCCCGGCGAAAAACCGAACAAUUGCCCCUUCAGAUUUCAUAGACACUGGGUGGAACACAAGGAUUUUUUAUCUGUGGUAAGUGCUUCAUGGAGCGGCUGGACUCUUAGCACCAACUUAUAUAGGGUUGCAGAGAAGCUUAAACGUCUUAAGGGCACCCUAAAGCUUUGGGCAAAAACUGAAUUUCCGAAUUUCAAUAUAGAGCUUGAUCAGGCAAAAAAGGAGAUGGAGGAGGUCCAAAAGAAAAUUGAUGAAGAUGGUCUUGAUGAUUUUUUAUUUGCUCAAGAGGCGGAUGCCAAAACAAGGUAUUUCAAGGCCAUGGAGUAUUAUGAAAAAAUGUGGGCUGAAAAAUCGAGAAUUCGAUGGAAGAAGCUUGGGGACAGAUGUACAAAAUUCUUCCACCUUUCGGCGAAGAUGCGAAGAAUUAAAAACUCUAUUAGAUGCUUAAAGACAGAUGAUGGCGCUAUCAUAUCAGAGCGAUCAGACCUGGAACACUAUAUGGUGGACUUUUUCACUAAUUUUCACAAAGCAGCGCCUGUGUCUGGGCAUCCCUUGAUCCUUGACUGCAUCCCCCGCGAAUUAUUGCAGCGAGAUAGAGAUAUUUUGGACAGAAUCCCUUCAGAUUUGGAGAUCAAAGAGGCGGUCUGGAGCCUUGAUCCUGCUAGCUCUCCUGGCCCUGAUGGAUUCCCUGGUGAGUUCUUCAAGCACUGCUGGGAUAUUAUAGCAUAUGAUGUUUGCAACGCUAUUCGCUGCUUCUUUAUUUCUGGAAUCAUGCCUCAGGGGAUCAACAAUAAUUUUCUCUUACUUAUCCCAAAGACUGAAGGGGCUGACUCUUUGGAUAAAUUCCGGCCCUUGUGUAUGGGAAAUUUUAUUUGCAAAAUAAUUUCUAAAACUCUUGCUAUGAGACUGGCAAGCUUCCUUCCGAGAAUUAUUUCUCGCGAGCAAGGGGCCUUCCAAAGAGGGAAAAUAAUUCAUACAAAUAUAUACUUGGCUUCGGAGCUAGCUAAUAUGAUGUCGACUGCGACGAGAGGAGGAGGGAUGGGAGUUAAAAUCGACAUCAAGAAGGCCUUUGACACAAUUGAUUGGAGCUUUCUAUUCUCAGUCAUGAGGAAAUUUGGAUUCUCUGAAACCUGGAUUGGAUGGGUUCAUCAGUUGUUGGAUUCUGCAAAAAUCUCCAUUCUUCUGAACGGAGGACCGGUGGGUUACUUUAAUGUUGGUCGGGGGCUGAGGCAAGGUGACCCCUUAUCUCCUCUCUUAUUUGUUUUGGCUGAAGAGGUCCUGUGUAGAGGGCUCAAUAUGCUAAUCCGAGAGAAGAAAAUCAAACCCCUAAACGGCCCUCGUGGGAUGCCUACCCCUAGUCAUAUGCUGUUCGCCGACGACAUAUUCAUAUUCAUCAAUGCAUCUAUAAGGUACGUCAAGAAUCUUAAAUCCUUCUUAAUUAUGUAUGAAGAAUGCUCAGGUCAACACAUCAGCUUGGAGAAGAGCAAGGUGUUUUUAGGGAACAUCUCUGCUGCUAGAAAGCUGAUAAUAGGAGAGACGAUGGGAAUCCCAAUUUGUAGUUUGCCCACUAAGUACUUGGGUGUGGAAAUUUUCAAAGGUAGAGUUAAGAAAGAAUUCCUCCUCCCUGUGAUGGACAAAGUUAAAGCGAGACUUGCGGGCUGGAAGGGAAGGCUGCUCUCUAUGGCAGGUAGAGUGGAGCUUGCCAGAACUGUGGUGACGAGCAUUCCCAUGCAUAGCUUCUCUGUAUACUGGUGGCCAUCUGAGCUCAUCAAGAUCAUGGAGAAGUGGAUUCGCAACUUCAUCUGGACUGGAGAUGUUGAUACGUGCAGAUCUAUCAUAGUAAGUUGGGAUCAGUGUUGCAAACCAAAAUCUGAGGGUGGUUUAGGUCUGCGCAGGUUGAGGGAGAUCAAUGAAGCCUUGCUGUCCAAGGCGGUUUGGAAGACGAAGCAUGAUGACGACCCAACUUAUAGAUUUUUGAAAGCUCGCUUCACUAAAGCAGAUGGAUCUCUUCGGAAAGGCUAUAGGUCCUCUUCGAUAUGGAUGGGUUUCCGGAAAUUAUGGGAGUUUGUCUCCUUAAACGAAAGAUGGAUCAUCGGGAAUGGAAGGAAAAUAAAUUUUUUAAAUGAUAGAUGGCUGGGGCCUAAGACUAUCGCUGAGCUUCUGGAGACAGAACAAAAUUCAGACGAAGCAUUCAGUGGUAAGGUUGAUCGAGUCAUUCAGAAUUGCGAAUGGAAUUUCCCCAAUUGCCAAUCGAGUACAAUGUCUGAAAUCAUCAACUCCAUCAUGGAAAUCCCUCUUCCCCAAUCUGAUUUCGAAGAUAGGUGUGUUUGGAGCCCCAACACUGAUGGGAUUUUUUCGACAAAAUCAGCAUGGAAUACAAUUAGGAGGAAAAAGGACUCAAUCUCUUGGGAGGCGCUGAUCUGGUCUAAGAAAUUGCAACCGAGAAUUUCUAUCUUUGUGUGGAGAAUCAUGCAUGGCAAACUACCUACUGAUGCGGCAGUUAUGAAAAGAGGAAUCCCUAUGGCUUCUAGAUGCGAUUUAUGCAGAAGCUCGAGCGAGGAUUUGGAUCAUAUUUUGGUCCAUUGUCAGUAUGCAGAGAGAGUUUGGAAUAUUGUCUGUGAAUGGUUUAAUAUUCCAAAUAGGAAGCAUGAGUCCCUUCAUGCUCUGGCUUCAUGGUGGAAAAGGAAAAUGAAGAUAGUUAAUCUAAAAGAGGUCUGGUCAAUCGCCUUUGCCAUUUCAGCUGAAAACAUUUGGAAAGAAAGGAAUGGGCGCCGCUUUGAAGAAAGGCAGAGACAACAAAGGCAUGUGAUUGAAAUGAUUAAGAACGACAUUAGAGAGACUAUUCCUAAUGUGAAAACAUCAAUCAAAUCCAUGAAUGAAAUUCUUUGUUGCAGGAGGCUGGGUCUGAACAUUCUUAGCGCGGGCAUUAAACCCCCCCUGGAAGUUUAUUGGUGCAAACCGCUAACGGGGUGGGUCAAGCUAAACUUUGAUGGAAGCUCUAUUGGGAACCCUGGUAAUGCAGGUGCAGGUGCAAUCAUGAGAGAUCAUAAUGGCAGGUGUCUCUGGUCUUGCAGCAUAUAUUUGGGAAUUAGAGAAAAUUAUGAAGCUGAAUUAGAAGGUCUAAUGCAUGGUCUCAUGAAAGCAAAACAGUUAGCUAUUCCAUUCCUCUGGGUAGAAUCAGAUUCAGCGGCUCUGGUUAUGUCAAUUCAUCAGGGAAAAAUUCCAUGGAUGGCUAUGCAGAGAUGGAACCAUCUAAGGCAAUUUCUGGGAAGUAUUACAUGGAAAAUCACUCACAACUAUAGAGAAGGGAACUCGGUGGCAAACUUCCUAGCAAAGAAAGCUGCAAAAUCAAGAUGCUCGACAGUAAAUGACGCUUUUCCUGGCCAUAUCUAUGAUAUGAUGGCGAGAGAUGAAUCUUCUAGACCCUCGUAUAGAUUUAGGUAG